AUGAGCGAGGAAGCCAUUCAGGCGACGGCUGUGGACGCCAUUUCGUGCAAAAUUUACGCAGUCAAACAUGGCUACUACGAAGAUGACGCACUUCUGAAGCUUCUCUCUCGAGGAACAGAUACAGAAAGGAAGAGCCCAGAAAUUGCGCGUGGAACAUGGGCACGUGUUCAAGGAACGCGUCAGGAAUUGCGUCGCUUUUACGAGAAAAAUGCGUCAAGAAGAAAAGUUGUGAUCAAUUGCGGCGCUGGUUUUGAUACGACCUUUUGGUGGGCCAAGAGCGAAGGGCUAUUCAAGGAUGGAGAGGAUCUGUGGUUUGAUCUGGACAUGGAAGCGGUCGUUCGCCAGCGAAUUCGACGACUAAGAAUGCCAGCUGCUAAAUCACUUGUCAGUUCGUUGCAAAAUCUGAAGAUAACUGACAGUAAACUCGCCUCGGACGCCUAUCAAAUACGAGUCCUCGACAUGAAGCGUUCGGAAGAAAGUGCGAAAUUGAUUGAAGAAAUCAAGGAAGAGUACCAAAUCGACGACCAGACAGACGUCUGUCUCAUAUUCGAAUGUGUGCUAGUUUAUAUGCCGACGGAAACGUCUGGGCGUUUCCUCAAAGCUGCAGCGGACGAUUUCGAAAACUUGAAGGUCAUUUCUUAUGAACAGCUGAAUUUAAAUGAUCGAUUCGGAACAGUGAUGCUUGAGAACUUGGUCCAAAGAGGAUGUGGCUUGGACGGAAUCGACGCUUGUUUGUCGAAAGCAACACAGAUCCAGCGAUUUGAAAGAGUUGGCUUCAGACAUGUAGAUUCACUACGGCAUCACAACAGCGGAGAAAUAGAAAGAUAA